AUAAUGGUCACUGCUUCUUCCCCCAAAGGUGGGAUGUUUCCCCAUGUCCAUCUUCCCAGUCUCUACCCUGCCCCCAGAAAGAGCCCAGAGGGAGAAUCUGUAGAGGUCCCAGCCUUCCUAGGCCACUGGCAGUAUCGGCCUCUGCUCCUCCCCAGCGGAAACCCCCACCACAGGAUAAUGGGGGGUCCAGGUUGAUCCCCAGCAGCCUACCCCGGAAAUGCUCCGUCUUCCAUCUCUUCGUCGCCUGUCUCUUACUGGGCUUCCUCUCCCUGCUCUGGCUGCAGCUCAGCUGCUCUGGGGACGUGGCCCGGGCGGCCAGGGGACAAGGGCAGGAGAGCCCGGGCCCAUCGCGGGCCUGCCCGCCAGAGCCACCCCCCGAGCAUUGGGAAGAAGAUGAGUCCUGGGGCCCCCACCGCCUGGCAGUGCUGGUGCCCUUCCGAGAACGCUUCGAGGAGCUCCUGGUCUUUGUGCCGCACAUGCACCGCUUCCUGAGCAGGAAGAAGAUCCAGCACCAUAUCUAUGUGCUCAACCAGGUGGACCAUUUCAGCCUCGGCGCCCUGCGCAGGUUCAACCGGGCGGCGCUCAUCAAUGCGGGCUUCCUGGAGAGCGGCAACAGCACGGACUACAUCGCUAUGCAUGACGUGGACCUGCUUCCUCUCAACGAGGAACUGGACUAUGGCUUCCCCGAGGCCGGGCCCUUCCACGUGGCCUCCCCGGAGCUCCACCCACUCUACCACUAUAAGACCUACGUCGGUGGCAUCCUGCUGCUCUCCAAGCAGCACUACCAGCUGUGUAACGGGAUGUCCAACCGCUUCUGGGGCUGGGGCCGCGAGGACGACGAGUUCUACCGGCGCAUCAAAGGAGCGGGGCUCCAGCUUUUCCGCCCCUCGGGAAUCACAACCGGGUACAAGACAUUUCGCCACCUGCAUGACCCAGCCUGGAGGAAGAGGGACCAGAAGCGCAUCGCGGCUCAGAAACAGGAGCAGUUCAAGGUGGACCGGGAGGGAGGCCUGAGCACCGUGAAGUACCAUGUGGACUCCCGUACGGCCCUGUCCGUGGGUGGGGCCCCCUGCACUGUUCUCAACAUCAUGUUGGACUGUGACAAGGCUGCCACCCCCUGGUGUACAUUUGGCUGAGGUGGCUGGACAGUAAGGAAGCCUGUGCCUACAGGCCACACUGUUCCUCAGGCCCAGGACAAAGCCUCAAGCUUCAGGCCCAGCUCCAGUAGGACGUGGCGUGGCCUGAAGUAGCGGACAGCAAGCCACGUGUUUGCAGCAGCCCCGCCCCCAAGGCAGGCUUGAGCCAGGACAGGACACACACAGGGUACCUGCAACGCUGCUAGCAAUAAACAGUGAUGGGGAGCAGCUGGGCUGUGGCUCCCAACUGGGACCCUCCGACCUGCCUUCCUGCUCACCCAGCCCUGCCCUCCUUCAUGUGCUGAGAUCUGCGGGCUUUUGUUCCUUCCCCUGGACCGCCUCAUGCUGAGAUACAGUUUAGAAGCCAGGCUGCUGACAUGGGUGGCCGGGGCCAUCGGGAGAGUUAAAACUGCAGAGACCAGCAUGCCAGCCCCAACGGAAGGGAGCAGUGAGACCAGCUCUAGCUGGUGGUCACUGGGCAGGAAUGUGGGCCUGGUGUUGCCAGAUCUUCUGAUUUUUCAAAAGAGACUAGAAAUCUGGAUUCUUAAGUGAAAUUGGUUAAUUUUUAAAUGAUAGCAACUAAUUGAAACUUAAAAAAAAAGUAUGGCAGGCCAAAGCAA